CUUCUGAUAAUUUUUUACGACUUCCUCUUUUUCCUAAAACUAUCAUAAAAAGUAAACAUGGAUCCGAGCAAUGACGAACAGAAUGAUACAACCAACCUAUACAUUACUCUGAAUCUAACCAAAGCUGCAACCCCAGAAGAGAUUAAAAAGGUUUGUGAUCUCUCUCUUUUUCAUUCGUAUUCUUCGUUGAAUAAGAGUUAUUGAUUGCAACUGGUUUAUCUAGGCUUACAGGAAAUUAGCUUUACGAUAUCAUCCCGAUAAGAAUCCAAACUGUGAAGAUCAGUUUCGAACCGUGAAUCAUGCGUAUGAGGUAGAAUGUCACAUUAUACGAAAGACGGGAAAAAGCUGCUAAUGCUUUAUAGAACAGAUUCUUUCCGAUCCGCAAAAGAGACGUAUUUAUGAUCGUUAUGGUUCGGUUGGGCUGAAUAUGGCUGAUACAAUGGGAGGAGCCAUGUUUUUAGACCCGGAGGUGGAAGCCAUGGUAUUAGCCUUCUUUUGCUUAAUAUCCAUCAUGCUUGUGUCCAUCUUGGUUUGGUUAAUUUUGAUUUGUUUGAGAGUGGAUGCUAGUAUCAGUUGGCCAUGGUCUGUUGUAUUUAUACCAUUAUGGAUUGUGGAUGGGUUGAUAUUAUGGGCCACAAUCUAUCGCAUUAAAAACUACGACCCAGUCAAAAAUGAUGAAUUAAAUCAUAGACAACAACAUGAGCAAGCGGAGGAGGAAGAGGAUGAAGGAAAUGAACAGGACGGAUUAUUAGGUGGACAACAACAAACCACAUCAAAGAAGCAGCAUAUUUACAAUCAAUUUAUACCAUUUAUUCAAUGCUGCUUCGUUCUGAUAUUCCAGGUGUUAAUUGUGUUACGUCUGGAUCACCAUUUCCCAUAUUCUGUAGUAUACGUAUUUUUACCAUUUUAUGCUUAUGAAGUCAUCAAUACGAUCAAAAAUGGAAGAAAUGGAUGGUUAACGAGAAGUGUGCUUGUUAUACAAAUGACCUUCAUACUGUUGCAGCUGUUGUAUAUCAAAAAAGAAUAUACAUGGUUUAUUGUGUUUAUACCAAUCUAUUGUCUGGGAGUAUUCUUCACCGUGAAACUAUAUAGACAAUACAAGAAAUUCGCCAACUACCCAACACGACAGGAAGCUCAACAAGGACAAAUGCUUAUCACCAUUGCAUCCGUGAUUUAUGCUAUUCUCUCUGCAUUAUUUUACACUGUACUGGCCCUGAUUGCAAGACGAUUGGAUGGUUCGUCUCAUGUUAAAUUAAGUGUGAUCCUUAUUCCUGUCUUUAUCAUACUGAGUGUGUUGUUAUGUUGCACGGGCUGCUGUUUCCCAUGUAUGUUGGUUGCAUCGUCCUUACCAACGGAGGAUACGGAGGAGAAUCUUCAACAACAAGGUCCCACUUUGGUUAAUUCGAACCGAAGAAUUACAGAAUAAUCUUGGCGUUACAAAUAAUAAAAAUAGUUCCCAUUCUAAAUAUAAAU